GCUCCUCUCCAUUCUCUUCUGACUCCGCCGCAAAAUCAACAAAAUUCGAUCAUAAUUCUUUCCUUUUUCGAUAAAAAAAAAAAAAUUGAAACCUAGUUCUCCUUCAUCUCUCAUCUCCAAGAAGCGCAUCUGGCGUUGGUGCUUAUGAUUCGGGUGAGUUUCUAGACGCUGAUACGUCCAUUUCGAUGCUAAGAUACGGCUUCCAGCGUCUGACCCACUCAUUGGCUCAACCUGCGCCGUUGGCGACUGCCAUCAACCACCAUUUUAGUAUCACAUUACCGGAAAAUCAUCACGAAAAUAAUAGUGGAUCUCAUUUUAUCGAUUCGCCGUUUUCCGGCGGAGCUAUGGAGCUGAUGGCGGUCCCCAAGAGGAAGGUUUCUCCACACAGGAGAGGUAUUAGAAAUGGACCAAAGGCUUUAAAACCUGUCCCAGUAAUAAUCAAGUGCAAGGUGUGCGGCCGUGUCAAGCUACCUCACUUCUUCUGUUGCAGCGGGAUCAAGCCAAAUCCUGAAGAAAACAACAAUUAGAACUGCCUUUUGUGUUCUUGAUUUGCUGCACAUAUUGAAGUUUAUGUGAGGAAAUUUGAUCUGCCAAAUCCUUAAGAAAACAACAAUUAAAACUGCCUUUUGUGUUCUUAAUCUGUUGCACAAAUUGAAGUUUGUGAGGAAAUUUGAUCAGCUGAGCACGUUGUCUAGAUUUGUCUGUGAUCAUUUUUAUCAGAAUAUGUACUCUUCUUUGCUUGCUAUUUCUACUUCUUUUAGUAGACAUUUUGCAGUUGUUGAUCAGGAUGAGGUUCUCUGCUCAGUGCUGAAUAAUGCAUAUGUUAGGGUUAUGUUAAA